ACGACAUGUCGUUUAACAGGUUUGUUUGCACGAAUUGGGGCAACAACUGAAGGUAGGCUUUUUUUCAUCGGGUUGAGAUUCAUUUAUUGUCAAAUCUUAUGCAGAUGACAACAGAGGAGAGGAAGAAUAAAAUCAUCAUAUAACAUCAAAAUGAACUCCCAGUGGAAUAUUGGUUGGCCGGUUUCCAAACUCUUUUCUUCAGGGAAGUACCAUGGCCUGAUAAACCAGGGGGCAACAUGUUACCUGAACAGUGUGCUGCAGGUGCUCUUUAUGACCGAGGAUUUCAAAGAAGCUGUGCAAAGGUGUGAAAAUCCUGGCUCUAAGUUUAUCGACCAUCAGCUUCAAACCUUGUUUCAAGAACUAAACACAAAAACGGCAAACACCAAGGACAUUACAGACAAGCUGGACAUCAAGCAAGUAUGUGAACAACGUGAUGCUGCAGAGUACUAUGAGAAGCUUUUAAAUCUGACCAGCGAUGAGGCCUCACAGAUCUUCCAUGGCACGUUGACUCACAGGACUAUAUGUUCUGGAUGUGGGGAACAGAAUGACACAGAUGGGAAGUUUUGGCAUCUUCCUCUUGCACUGAUGGACUCCUACAGUGAAUAUAGUGUGGCGAACGGCAUCGAGGAGUAUUUCAGAGCUUCAGAAUUCAGCGGAGAGAACCAGAUGUACUGUGACAGGUGUGAAGACAAACGUGAUGCUACUAUUGAGUGUGUAUUGAAGCAUCAUCCAGAGGUUCUGACACUGCUGCUGAAGAGGUUUGAGCUUGACUUCUAUUCCAUGACUUACUUUAAAAUCAACCGAACCGUCCAUGUUCCCCUCAUGCUCCACAUAGAUAAUCAGACGUAUGAGCUGUAUGCCUUUGUGGAGCAUUUUGGAGAGCUUAGAAGUGGACAUUACACGGCAGCGAUAAAACCCCAGGAUGAUGGCCAGUGGUAUAACUUCAAUGAUACCAGUGUCACACUGAUUUCUUGCCAGCCAUUCCAGUCAGAUAACUUCCUGAGAUCCAGCAGUGCUUAUCUUCUGUUUUACAGAAAAAGGAAUGCUGGUGCUGCAGAUGUUUGUACUUCUGAGUGGAGCUCACCUUCAACCAGAGAUGUCUACAGUCAGCAUCAAGAUGCUGCUAUGGUGAAUGAGGAAGAGGAGGUGGGACCAGCAGAAGCAGGGGGCCAUACUGAAGUGGUUAUUACUAUUGAACCAGACGAAGGAACAGCAAUCAGAGACACUGAGGACAGAGUCAGUGUUCACUCAAAGGUAGAGCAGCAGUCACCUGAGAUGAACUUUAAAGAAGAGGAUGGUGAGAUUGUAAGGAAGGGUUUGUCCCAACUGCAAGACAAACAGACAGAUCAGGAGGAGAUUGGAGAGAAUUCAAGGACAGAUAUGAGGGCAGAGCAGGACUUCUUAUUUCAAGGAAGUCCACUUAAAGAGGGUAUUGGGGAUCAAGCAUUUGAGGAGCAAAAGAGGCGGCAGAAGUACAUCAGUCUGCCAGAUUAUGAUCAAACAUGUGAAGAGGAGGUCAGAAAUGUGCAUGAAAGAAAAGAAUAUCCUCAACAAGAUAACUUGGACAUGGAGAGAGAAAAAGAACAGAUGGUAAUGGAUGUAAAGAGACACCAGGAAGGGAAAGAGGAUGGGAAUGAACAGACAGAACAGAAUCAGGACGAUCAGGGGUUAAAUGAUGUCAGACAGGACAUGGAUGAACCAAUGAGGAGAGAGAAAGUUACACGCCACUUUAGCAUCGCAGCUUAUUAUGAAGACGAACGAGAGAGUGAGAAAAGGCUUGAAGAUGAUGUUAAAGGAAAGACUAGAGCAGAAAAAGUGGACUCAGGAAGUGAAAAGCACACGUCAGGAUCUGAUCCGGCCUUGUACACGAUUUCAAAUGAUUCACGAGAUGGCGAUAGCGCACAGAACACAGCUAAAGACAAUCAGAAUAGGAGAUGGAGGCGUAGCCACGGCUAUAACAGAUAUGAGCAGGAGCGACAGAGGAAAGAUGAUGAGAGAGGGAAGACACAAAAGAGGAGAAGCGCCAAACAUUCACGAACGGGAGAAUCCCAAAAACGUCUGAUAGAUCCAGACAUGAGAAGGUCCGAUGGUGCCAGUCAGAGAGGAUCACAGAUUUGUGUCAGACAUCCAAAGCAUAAUGUUGUUGAUGUUGCAGGAAGACGGAAAAAGAAAGGAGACGGUGGACCCCUUCGAGGCAGGGAUGGCUCUCCUAUCAGACGAGCGGGAUCGGCAGGGAGCAGAAAAACAACCGAGACCUCCGGACAGGAAAGGGCAGGGAUUAGUGAAGAUAAUUUGGAAGAAAUACAGUUUUCAAAGAAGCCCAGAGCUAGGAUUUAUGAUGUUGAAAUUAGGAAAAGCUCAACGUUUACUAGAAGAAGUAGCAAGAUAAUGGAGAUGGAACUAGAUACUAAUAAAAAAGAAACAAAAACAAUUUUUAGCAGAAUUAGAAAUCUUACUUCCAAUGUGUCCAAGAGAUUUCAGAAUAUGAAAAUUGAUGAGUCAAAACAAAAACAGAGAACCAAAAGAGGGGUUGAAGAGUUACAAGAGGAAGGUCAGGAAGAGCACUUCAACACCAAGAAGGUGAAGACAGCUCUCAGGAAAGAUAAGGCAAAGAGAGCAAAGAAACACAGAGAGAAGAAGGAAAGUUGUCAAACUACUGGGUGUUUUUCUUUAUCAUCCAAAAAUUGAAUAUCAGACUCAGACUAAGACAGUUUAAUGCAGAAAAUGGAUCCCCAAUGAUGAACUUUGGGAUUUUUCAGGACUGCAUAUCACUGUGACGACCAACACAGUAGAAUUUAUUUGUUAUUAGGUGCACUUUACUUUCCAGUAUAGGCUUGUUGGUAUGUGAAAAGCACAGUGGCUCCACAUAAUUCUUUGUUAGUAGAGGAAUUGCACACGUAAGCCGUUGUGAUGACUGACUGAGUGGCAGGAGGCCUUAAAAACCAUCAGCAUUCAGUCUGCAAAAACAACAAAUGGUUUCUAUAAUAGAAAACUCCAUAAUGAUGAUAAAUAAUAACUUCCCACAACUAAACUUAUCCAACAACUAUUCCCCGGGCCAAUUUUGCACAUCAGGACUGACAAACACUCUUGUAGAGUGACUAAAUUAACAACACGUCUAAGAUGCCCGCGACCACGAUUCGACCAGACUAGCAUGUCAGAAUUUUUCUUGCAUUGUCGUCUAUUUGAUGUCAGCAGCAUAAAUCCUGAUGUCUACCAAUAGGAGAGCAUUUGUCCUUACCUGGAGAGGCAGUCCAUAUUGUCCUCCUCUUAAACCAUCAGUAAUUGUUGUCCAUAAUCAAAUCCAUAAUUGUUUCUAGUUUGUUUUCUUUUUUUCUGAGCAAAAGUCUGCUGUAAUUAUGAAGUGCUUCUGUUGUAGAGUGAUUAAAACUCUUUGACUCAAGACAGCCUGUGAACUCUCACACAGUCAUGGAGACAGUGGUGUCGUCAGCAUGUGAUGAGAGGUCAGGAUCACACCUAUAGUGGGGCCAGGCUGUCGGCCAAGACAGGGCAAGAUUUAAGUAGCAUAGUCUGACAUGGUGCUGUCGUGAACGACCCAAAAAUCGUGUCAUCUAAACUGGCCUUGUGAGCAUGUAAAUGCACAGGGUUUCAGGAAGUUAGCUCUUUUUUUGACCACAACUAGUUGAUAUGCAAAGCUAACCUGAUUGAGGUCGGGUUAUGUUGAAAUAUAAGGUUAAAUAAUUAUAAAAAAACUGUCCCUUUCAAUAAUUACCUUACAAAUGUCUCUGUUGGCACUUUAGAUCCUCUGCUAACCUACAGUUCAACUCUAAAUCUAACAAAGUGAUAUGCUGUGUAAGAUUUAAUCAUCAUAUUUAAAUGAUAAUUAAAAAAACAGCCACUUUGAAAUGCUAACUAACAGCUUUUGCAGCAGACUAUGAAGUCAGUUUGGAGCAAAGUCCCGCCUCCAUCUGGGCAGAGGUCCAAUCAUUGUAACGGAUUAUUGAUUGGCAGAAUAAGGAGAGAGAUUACCAUGAUUCAGAUAUCAGGGGAAGACCUGCCAUCGUAUUUUCCAUUUCUAGUCAGAGUUCAACCCAGUUAAACUAUGGUGUCUUUUUGAAACCACGUAAACACCUCACUUCUUGAUUUUUUUGUUUGUCAGGGGCAGCAAAUGUAGAUGUUUACACUUGUCUUGUAGAUUAUUUAAAUGCUGAUCCAUUCUUCAGUCAGUGCAAUGCAAAGUUAAGAUGCAAUGCGUUUAUUUGAGCUCAUUUCAACUCAUAAACUGACAUUUUUUCUCUUUCUGUCGAUCAUUCAAAAUUCACAAUGUAUAAAGUUGAGUGUUGUUCA